CUGCGACGCGGGUCGAAGCGCGCGCGCGAAUCUACAAGACCCUUCAUUACAUUUAUAUCAAGUACCUAAGAUCCAAACUGUCAAAAUUACUAGAUUUAACAAUUCGUGCCAACUUCGUGACAACUUCGCGUCUGUUGACUUUUAUUAUCCUUUCCGAUCCAGCAAAGAUCAAAGCCUUUUUUGCUACUGUUAAUAUUUAAACGGUAUCUGGUAUCUACUAUCUACUAUUGCACCCUUACUACUACGAAUUACAAAAUACCGGCAUCCCGCCAUCCCGCCAUCGCAGCAUACACAAGAUGGAUUCCUCGCCGAGCAAGAGACGCGUCUUGGGUUCUAUCGAUACUAAUGCUAGAAGUCCUGUUUCUACUUCGAAGCUCCAAGAAUCUAAAUCAAAAGCACUCUCACCUAUCUCGAGCAUAAUGAACAAUGCCAUUAAGCGGCCUCUUGAUCAAGAAGCCGUGAGCCAGCACCAACAGUACCCACCUACGCCACCGACCAAGAAGCAACGCCUUUCUGUUGGUGAAGAGGAAAUUGAACGUAUACCUAUAGAUGAGGAGCACGGUCCUGAAAGGGACUCUCCUCGAGAAGAAGCUGGACGUCAGCAGUCUGUAUCGCCAGAAGAAGACUCCAUGUUCCUAGAUAACUCUAUUAUCGACAUAACCCUAGAAACCGCAGUAACCGAGCCAGACAUAGAAGUUGUUGCGCCAGCUCCACCAACCCCGCCGGCGCCAACUCGAAGGCGAUCAACUAUGACUCGGGAGGAAGCUCGGCAGAAAGCAGAGAUGCUCCGACUGAGACUCAGUUUAGCUAGUUACAAAGUUCGCACUGGACAGACGGACGUGUCUCUAGAGCAGCUCGAAGCCAAGUCAUUAUUGAAAUCUGGACGGUCCAAGGAGCCAUCUUUGCCUCGACCGUCACGAAUUAUGCACGCAGGAGAGGAGCAUGACAAAGACGGAGAAGGCCGCGGGGAUAAAGUACCAUCUUCGGGGCGAAAGGCAUUGCCGACUGCGCGGCCUCUUAGUCGGGGGAGUAGUUUUGACAAGAGCCAUCCGGGGACGGAGCCGAGAGAAAUGCCCGUAUUGCCGAUAUCGUGGCCGGAUUCGCGAAGAGCGUCGCGAUAAGGGGCUGGGUAGAGAGGGGGUUUAUGGAGUUUUAGAGGAUUUAA